AUGACUGCCAUUUACAGAAAAGACAUACCGCUUUAUAGAAAAAGAAAUGCCCAGUUUGAGGUUAGAAAGGGUAAAUCGUGUGGUAAUUUACCUGCCCGCAAUAGCACUGCCGCGAUAGGAGUGUUCUGGUGUCAUGGCCUGUAUGACUCUCCAGACCUCCUAUUCACAGAUGAAGAGGAACAGAUGAAGAGGAACAGAUUGGGCGAUUCCUCCACCCAUUUUUUGGUUCCAAGAACAAAGGAGCUGGUCUUUAGCUUCAACAGGACAUUACACUUGGAGGUCAAUAAGGUUAUGGUGGAGCACAAAUGUCCUAAAAGCGGCUCUUGGAACGAAGCCAGGUGUAAACAGUUAGAGUUUCAUUAUACAGAAGUCAAGUGCUUAUGGUGUGGCACAGAAGCUCGCAAGGCAAACCUCCUAUUCACAGAUGAAGAGGAACAGAUGAAGGGGAACAGAAGAAGAACAGAUGAAGCGGCGCCUACAGAACAGACGAAGAACAGAAAGAAGUAUGAAGAACAAGUGAAGAAUGCUGAAGAAAUGAUCAACAGAUCAAAGAGUACUCAAUAA